AUGUCUGCUUCAGAGAGUGAGGUAGAGGAGGAUCAAGAUGAACCACCAGAGAAGGAAAAGGAGACCUUCAUGAUGCAAGAAGAUAAAUACUCGGAGACCUCUGGUGCUCCAGAAAGCCUAUCCGUUUCAGAAGACGAGGGAGAAGAGGAUCAUCUGGAUGGAGAAGCACAUGAGGAGAAAGAUGAGGAGACUUACAUGAAGCAAGAGGGUCAACACACAGACGCUCCCUCAGGUGUCGAAAAAAGCCAGGCUGCCUCGGUGAGUGAGGGAAAAGAGGAACUGGAUGAUGAAGCACAGAAUGCGGGGGAAGAGGGAUACAUGGAGGAAGAGGAUCGGUACUCAAAUGUCAGCAGCCUAGAAGGCCAAAAUGAAGGAACCAUCAUAAGAGAGAGCUUUAAAGAGAAAGAGGCACAUUCAUUAUCCCAAGGAACUAUGGACUCGCAGGGUAUCAAUACAUCCAACGCUCAAGAUGCUGCUAACAAGCUGAAUGAUAAUACCUGUGCCUUUGAAUAUCAUGAUUCAGUUAAGGAUAAUGACUCUUUAAAGGUUGCUGGUCAAGACAAUGGCAAAAGUUCCUCUGUCAUUUAUGGAUUAGGCCUAGGGGGUAGCAAUCAAACGUUUGAGUCCUGUUUGGAAUUUCCCGAAAAUCAAUCGUUGAAAACUAGAUUUCAGGAGAUCGUUGGCAGUGGCGCUCAAAGUACAAACUCAACCUAUGAGGAAAGUGAGAGUGAUUCUAUUCGUGCAAGUGGAGGGAAAGAGGAUCACAGUAGCUUUGAUUUUUUGGAGCGUUGUUUAGGUCUGAACAGCUCUGGAAUUGA